UUGGUUCCCCCUGCCAUGUCUUUGUGCAACACAGAAAAGGUGAACGGAUGGUCUCUACAUGCAUGGUUUCCACUGUGAAGCAUGGAGGAGGAGGUGUAGGGGUGCUUUGCUGAUGACACUGUUGGGGAUUUAUUCAAAACUGAAGGCAUACUCAACCAGUAUGGCUGCCACAGCAUCCUGCAGCGACAUGCCAUCCCAUCCAGUUUGCAUUUAGUUGGACCAUCAUUAAUUUUUCAACAGGACGAUGACCUCCAGAGUGUAUAAGGGCUAUUUGACCAAAAAGGAGAGUAAUGGAGGGCUGCACCAGAUGGCCUGGCCUCCAUAGUCACCUGACCUAAACCCAGUUCUGAUGGUCUGGGAUGAGAUGGACCGCAGAGUGAAGGCAAAAGGGCCAACAAGUGCUCAGCAUCUCUGAGAACACCUUGAAGACUGUUGGAAAACUGUCAAAGGGGAUUAACUGCAUGGUGCAGUAUAUUUACAGGUGCAGGGAAAGGGGGCACAGGGUUCCAGGGGGGAAAGUGGGGAAUCCACACAGUCUCUGUUCUCCUCUUCUUGCUCACACAAUCACUCCUCUUCUGCCACUCACACUUCUCCACGCUCUAUGCCACUCCGACAAACAGACACUCCAAACUGGUUAAGGGACAGGUCCAAGAAAUCUAUGUACAAAGAGAGAUCAGGUUAGGAACACUAGUGGACGGAGACUUGAGAACAAACUCUAGGAUUUUGCCGGCAAUAUGAACUCAGAUAGCUCAACGAUCCACAACAUUAAAACCUUAAACCAGCUUCUUGAAACUCACUUUAAUUGGACAGCUUAAGUAUUUCAUAUUUUGUAGCAAUUUAACUUUUGGCUCUGAUUUUUUGAAAAGUGCUCCACAAAUAGAGAAUAUUAUAAUAUUAGCCUGCUGUGACUGACUGAGGCAUUUUCAUAAUGAGUGUGUUAAGGCAUAUGGCCUCAGCUGUAAUUACCAACCAUUUAAAUCACUUUCGUGUUAAUCAUCAGUGAAAUGACACCGUGGUCUGUUCACAUUCUGCACUGAGACUUGACCUCAGACUCCAUUUGUUUCAAUGAAGCUGUCUGAAGAUGAGGAUGGGACAAAGACGGCAUGGCUGUAGAAAGUGGCAGGCGGGACAGCAGCUAGCAUGUAAUCUAAUUGAUCUCCUCUUUGUCUUAAUUCACUCACUGUCAUGAGAGCUUGUGCUUAAAUGGGGGGAGGGAGGGUUGGAUGAUAAAUGAGAAGUAAAAAGAAGAGGAAUGAAGGCGAAGAGAGAAGGGGGCAAGACAAUUAGGUUACAGUAAGGUCAGCAGUGAGAGAAGAAGAUGAUAUGUUUGUGUUGCACGUGCCGUCUCUUGAGUUGUCUUCAUGAAUCUGAUGUCAUGAUGCAUUGUCUCUAAUCCAGCUGUGAAAUGCACAAAGGGUCCUAAUGAAAUGCAUGUUGCUGUGUGUUAUAUGGAAAGAGUGUGUAACCAAUGUGUAAAUGCCACAUCGGUGCUCGACCUUUUCAUUAUUUAAGGUUAUGUGAAAAUCACUGAGCACUUCUUAAAAAGUUACUUUUAAUCCAAAGGUUGUUUUUACUACUGUUGGAGUCAAAUUGUUAAUGUUGCCAUUAUUGUACUUAAAUUUGUAAGGCUUGGUUCAAACUAUAUGGUCAAAGACAUUACUUUGUUUCUGACUCGCUCCCCUGCCUGUUGGUGGAGGAGGCUAUAGUGUUUUAUAGGAGCACAUCCUAUGUGAGGGUUCUGUUUUCUUGUUUAGUAAACUUCCUGCCUUUAUGACCCUAUUGUGGACAGGAGGUCACACAAACGCACCCCCAGACACAAACACACACUCUCACGUGCACAUCCAUACACAUACAUACACACACGCACAUGCAUACACACCUAGUGCCUGACACCAUAGGGGGAUUUUACAAUGAGUGUUUGUGAAACUGUGUGUCACAGAAAUAAAAGGCUGCUGUGGGGUGAUUGUUCUUCGAAGUGGUCUUACACCGAGGGUAGAAGGGCUGCUCUGAGAUCCUUCCCUUGCUAGCAUGUGAAAAACCGGUUGAGGUGUUCAUCUUGCUUCGUUAUCGGGAAUAUGUCUCUAAACCAGCGGGUCUGUGGAAGCGCAGACCCAACAACUACAGCUAAUGUACCUGAGUUAUCAGACACUGAAUAAUGAUGUCUUGCUGUGUUUGAUGACCAAAUAUCAAAGCAAAUAAAAAAUCUAUAAAUAGAACAGGUUUCAUUUGGGAACAUUUAGGAUACCCCACAUUAAAAACAAAGAAUAUUAGAUGCAUGGCUAACACAUAUGUGCAAAUAAAUCAAACAGUACAGUAGUGUGUGGACUAGCAAGUAGAUUAGACUAAAGUAAAAAUGUUUUAGAGAAGAGCACAGUUUUCUGUGUGCUUUUAAACAAUUCAAAAGCAGCUGCUGGAACCAUAGAACAAAAACAGCUGUGCCAAACUCUGUUAACUAUCAAGUGUAACUGUUCUCCUUAUUCAGAAUGGGUUCUGUAAAUGUUUAAACUAUUGGAUCUUUUUCAGAGCCUUCUCAAAGACAGUCAUGUAAAAAUCUAAAAUGGAAAGACUUCUGGCUUGCUGAACAGGAGGCUAUUCCCUAACAGUACAGCCAAGUGUUAAGGACAUAAAUGAAGAAACAAAACUUGUAAUAUUUAUAAUGUCUUUGUUCAACAGUCAGACUUCAAAGCAACAAUCCAAAUUUAGAGAUAAAUAUGAUAAAUAAGGAUAUUACAUUUUUUUAAACUUAACUUUUCAUGGUGUGAACAAAGAACCAAACAGACCAUUUAAAGUGAAAGUUCUGUUAUGUAGUGUUAAUAUGGCGAAUGUUUGUAUUAAACAUGGUCUAAAGUUAGUGUAUUGAUCCCCAGCUCCUCCACUCCAUGUGUCACCAUAUUUUUGGAUACACCAGAGUGCGAGUGUGUGUGUGAAUGUUAGAUAAGAAGCACUUAGGCAUAUAAGAAGAAAAAAGAGUGCAGUAUGAAUGCGUGUCUGCUUUGGUGAAUAAGACCUGUAAUAUAAAGUGCUGAAAGUGAAUAGUAAGGUGCUAUAUAAGUACCCGUCCAUUUAGCAUUUUGCUAAAUUAAUCACCGCUAUGCCCUUUUAUGUAUACAUGUAGCUUUAUUGCUGUUUUGCAUAAAACUGCAGUUAUAUAUUUUUGCAGUAUUUCAACAAACCUCAGAAGAGAAAUAAACAAGUGUUUCAAAAUGUCAAAAAAUAUGAAAUUUAAAAAAUUUAAAAAAAAUUAUAAUUGUGUUUUUUCUUUUCAGGCUUACUUUCGUCAGGGUGUUGCCCUACAGUACCUGGGUCGUCAUGCCGAUGCCCUGGCAGCGUUCGCUUCCGGCCUCGCCCAAGACCCCAAGAGUCUCCAGCUGCUUGUUGGUAUGGUGGAGGCUGCCAUGAAGUCGCCUCUAAGAGACACACUUGAGCCCACCUACCAGCAGCUGCAGAAGAUGAAGCUAGACAAGAGUCCGUUUGUGGUUGUCUCCGUCAUCGGCCAGGAGCUACUGACACAUGGUUUCCAUGGAGCCUCAGCUGUAGUUCUGGAGGCAGGGCUGAAGAUUGGCACGUGCUCACUAAAGCUGCGUGGAUCCGUCUACUCUGCCCUUAGUUCUGCAUACUGGUCUUUAGGUAAUAUAGAGAAGAGUAUGGCCUACAUGCAACAGGACCUGGAGGUGACCAAGACUCUAGGUGACCAGUCAGGGGAAUGUCGAGCUCAUGGGAACCUCGGCUCUGCCCUUUUCUCCAAAAGCAAUUACAGAGAAGCACUGGCCAAUCACAGAAACCAGUUAGUACUGGCCAUGAAGCUCAAGGACAGAGAAGCUGCAUCUAGUGCUCUAAGCAGUCUGGGUCAUGUGUACACAGCUAUUGGUGACUACCCUAAUGCACUUGCCAGCCAUAAACAGUGCGUGCUGCUGGCACGGCAAAGUCAGUGCAAGCUUUCCGAGGCUCGCCAGCUAGGCAACAUGGGUGCUGUGUACACUGCGCUGGGAGACUUCACCAAUGCUGUCCAAUGCCAUGAGCAGCAUCUGGACAUUGCAAAGAGUCUGGAGAACCGACGUGAGGAGGCACGAGCGUACAGCAACCUGGGGAGCGCUUACCACUCCCAGCGGGACUUUGACAAGGCCAUAUCGUACCAUACAAGAGUGCUGGAGUUGGCCCAAGAGCUGGUCGACAGAGCAAUUGAGAUGAGGGCAUAUGCUGGUCUGGGGCACGCUGCCCGAUGCAUGCAGGACUUGGAGAGGGCUCGUCAGCACCACCAAAACCAGCUAGAAAUUGCUCAGGAACUGCAAGACAGAGCAGCACAGGGCAGAGCCUCAUCCAACUUGGGCAUCAUACACCAGAUGAAGGGAGAGUAUGACACUGCGCUAAAGUUCCACAAAGCCCACCUGUCCUUCGUCCAAGAACUUUGUGAUUACGCUGCCCAGGGGAGGGCCUAUGGCAACAUGGGCAAUGCCUACCAUGCGCUUGGCAUGUACGACCAAGCAGUCCAAUACCACAGACAAGAGCUGCAAAUCUCUCUGGAGGUGAACGAUCGUCCAUCUCAGGCAUCCACGCACGGUAACCUUGCUGUGGCCUACCAAGCGCUGGGUGCUCACGACCGAGCUCUCCAGCACUACCUGCACCACCUGACCAUUGCACGAGAGAUGCGAGACACUCAAAGUGAAGCAAGAGCCUUAGCAAACUUGGGUAACUUUCACAGCUGGAGAGGUGAAUAUGCUCAGGCCUUGCCCUACUACCAACAGUACCUGGUUUUGGCGCCAGGUUUGCAGGACCUCGAAGCAGAAGGCAAAGUUUGCCAUAACCUGGGUUAUGCUCACUACUGUCUUGGACAGUACAGAGAUGCUGUCAGGUAUUAUGAACAGGAUUUGGCCCUGGCUAAGGAUCUCCAGGACAAAUUAGCACAGGCAAAAGCCUACUGCAACCUUGGUCUGGCCCACAAAGCACUGGGGGAGUACAACAAAGCAGAGGAAUGUCAGAGAUAUCUGCUUUCUUUAGCACAAGCCCUGGACAACACACAGGCAGUUUUCAGGGCCUUUGGGAAUCUCGGUGAUGUGUGCGUGUGCCGGGGUGAUUUUCCAGGAGCUGUGAAGUUCUACCAGCAGCAAUUAACCUUGGCUCAGAAGGUCAACGAUCAGAAGAUGGAGGCUGAUGCCUAUUCAGCACUUGGUUCAGUUCACAGGCUUCUCCGCCAGCUGGAUACGGCCUUGUCGUUCCACAGCCAGGAGUUGACCAUCCGAAAGGAUCUAGGUGAUCAGCAGGGGGAGUGCCGUGCUCUUGGCCACCUAGCAGCUGCUCAUAUGGCCUUGGGAGACUAUGCUACAACUUUCCAGUGUUAUGAGACCCAGCUGGGCCUGGCACAGGGGCUCAGGGAUGCCCGUUUGGAGGCACAGGUCCAUGGAAACAUGGGCAUCACCAAGAUAAACAUGGGAUUGUUUGAGGAAGCUAUUGGUUAUUUUGAGCAGCAGCUGGCCAUGCUGCAGCAGCUAAGUGGAACUGAGAGCAUGCUAGACAGAGGCAGGGCCUAUGGGAACCUGGCAGACUGCUAUGAUGUUUUGGGAGAUUAUGAGGAGGCUAUACAGUAUUAUGAGAAGUAUCUGGCAGUGGGUCAGAGUCUCAAUCAUGUCCAGGACCAAGAGAAAGCCUACAGAGGACUUGGCAAUGCGCACAGGUCCAUGGGUAGUCUCCAGCAAGCACUGGUGUGUUUUGAGAAGAGGUUGGUAGUAGCUCAUGAGCUAGGUGGUGAAGGAGAAGGUAAGGCUCAGGCUUAUGGAGAGCUGGGCACCUUACAUAGCCAGCUGGGCAACUAUGAGCAGGCCCUCUCUUGUCUGGAGCACCAGCUUAACAUUGCACGCAUAGCAGGGGAUAAAUCCCUGGAGGCAGAGGCAAGCAAUGCACUUGGAGGUGUCUAUCAGUUGAUGGCAGACAACGAGACAGCUCUACAGUGGCACCAAAGGGCUUUGGAUAUAGCAGAACAGACUGGAUGUGUCAGGGGCCAGGGUCGAGCCUAUGGCAACUUGGGACUGACCUACGAAGCUCUAGGGAAGUACGAACGGGCAGUAGUCUUCCAGGAGCAACACCUGAGUGUUGCAGCACAGACCAAUGACCUGAUAGCAAAGACUAUGGCCUAUGGAAGCCUGGGGAGGACACAUCAUGCACUGCAAAACUACGCGCAGGCUGUAAUGUAUCUACAGGAGGGUCUGCGUCUGGCAGAGCAGUUAGGUCGGAGAGAAGAUGAAGCAAAGAUACGCCAUCGCCUGGGCCUGUCUCUUUGGGCCAGUGGAAACCUGGAGGAAUCACAGCACCAGUUAUACAAAGCAUCUAUGCUAUUUGAGGCAAUUCGUCAUGAGAUGCAGCACAGUAUGGAUUACAAGCUCUCCCUGUUUGAUCUGCAAACCAGUUCGUACCAGGCUCUCCAGAGAGUCCUCGUCAGCUUAGGCCGGCACGAUGAGGCACUAGCUAUAGCUGAGCGAGGGCGCACACGUGCCUUUGCUGAUCUCCUAGUGGAACGCCAGAAAGGAAGUCAGCAAGCAGCGAGCACUGACCCUUACAUCCCGGUCACCAUAGAACACAUCCUGGAAACAGUCAACAGUCAGAGGGCCAUGGUUCUCUACUAUUCUCUGGCAGAAGGCUUUCUGUACAGCUGGCUAAUAUCUCCAGGCACAGGUAUCGUGAAGUUUAAUGAGGUGUAUCUUGGAGAAGCAGGACUGGAGGUGUCUGAGUUCAAGGAUGGUAGUGGGAGCCCACAAAGUGGAGGAGGAGCUGUUGGAGGUUCCCUUUCUCUGGAGCAAUACAUCCACAAUGCUAGAGAGGCUCUGGGAGUGGAUAGUCAUUAUAACAGAGUCUUCUCAAGUAGUGAGACAGAGAGUGAAGCUGGAGAUCUGUUGGAGCAGCAGUUUGAGGAGCUGAACAAAAAACUCAUCUCUGCCACAGACCCUACAGGCUAUCUCCACAUGGUGUCCAGAAAUAAUCUCUUCAACAGAAGCUGUCAGAGCAUGACGAGUCUGUACAGUACCACUGUAUCUCCAGUAAAGGACGGCUUAUCUUCUCCCCUCUUCAGACCAAGUAACACUGGCAAACCUCCUCUGCGGGCCCUUUAUGACUUGCUCAUAGCGCCAAUGGAAGGGGGCCUGAUGCACAGUAGUGGACCCGUGGGUAGACACAGACAACUUGUGUUAGUUCUGGAGGGAGAAUUAUACCUAAUUCCAUUUGCCUUGCUCAAAGGCAGCUCCUCUAAUGAGUACCUGUAUGAAAGGUUCAGUCUAAUUUCUGUACCUUCUUUAGCCAGCCUGGGAGCAACAAUAAAGCCUCAUGCUCGACGCAGUGGACACUUAUUUUGUCCAGAUGGAGGCGAAAUGGCUGCAGUGGUCGGUGCACCUCAUUUGCCACCGAGUGUCAUGGACCGUUGGCUAUGGGGGCCCUUACCCUCAGCCCAAGAGGAAGCCCUGUGGCUGGGAGAGCAGCUGGGAUGUCAUCCCCUAACGGGAGCCAAUGCCACAAAGGAUCGCGUUUUAGCAGCUCUGAGUCAGGCAGAGUGUGUUCACUUUGCCACACAUAUAUCUUGGAAGCUUGCAGCUUUGGUCCUUGCCCCUAGCCAAGAGCAUGCUGGAGGAGAUGGGGCAGGUGGCCGACCAAAGGAGAAAUCACCCCGCAGGAUGUCAGUGUCAGGCGAAGCAGCAGAUCAGGGUGGAAAAGUGAAGGGUUUGUUUUCAAAGAGCAGCCCAGAGAGACUCAGAGGAGCAGAUGAAAGGAGUGAGGAUGGUGAAAGUGUGUGUGAGGUAGAGAGUAUCUGUGAUAGUCCACCACUUCAAGAUUUCCUUCUUACUGCUGCUGAUAUACUGGACCUUUGCCUGACUGUCAAACUGGUGGUCCUGAGGUUGUACCCAGAGUCCGGCAGCAAGGUAACAGCAGAUGGAGUUGUGGGGUUGACUCGAGCGUUCUUGGCUGCAGGGGUCCAGUGUGUGUGUGUCUCUUUGUGGCCUGUGCCAGUAGCUGCCUCUAAACUGUUCACACACACCUUCUACACAGCUCUUCACAAUGGGACCAAAGCCAGUGCAGCUCUGACGGAAGCCAUGAAGACACUGCAGAGCAGCAAGCACUUCUCACACCCCUCCAACUGGGCUGGUUACAUGCUUAUUGGCAAUGAUGUAAAGCUGAACAGUCCCAUGUCACUGGUUGGCCAAGCCCUGGUAGAGAUCCUUCAGUACCCAGAGAGGGCCAGGGAUGCCCUGAGAGUGUUGUUACACUUGGUUGAGAAAUCACUACAGCGCAUUCAGAGUGGCCAGUGUAACCCAAUGUACACAUCGCAGCAAAGUGUGGAGAAUAAGGUCGGCGGGGUGCCUGGGUGGCAGGCCCUACUCUCUGCAGUGGGUUUUCGGUUGGACUUCUCUGGUAGUGUUGCUGGACUCCCUGCGGCAGUUUUUUUUCCUAUGUCAGAUCCUGGGGAUCGACUGCAGCAGUGCAGUACCACUCUACAGUCACUGCUUGGUCUUACUCCUCCAGCCUUACAGGCACUCUGUAAGCUGGUCACAGCAUCUGAGGCUGGAGAACAGCUCAUUCAUAAGGCAGUUAAAAGUGUGGCAGGAAUGCUUCACCAAGUGUUGGUUCAGUUGCAGUCAGGCGACAAAGAGCAAGACUUUCCACUGGCUCCCAUUCAAGUGUCAAUUAGUGUGCAGCUCUGGAGGCUGCCAGGCUGCCACGAGUUCCUGGCUGCACUGGGUUUUGACCUUUGUGAAGUUGGUCAGGAGGAAGUGGUGCUGAAGACUGGAAAACAGGCCAGCAGACGCAUCAUGCAUUUUGCCCUUCAGUCUCUUCUAGCACUGUUUGACUCAACAGAGCUUCCCAAGAGACUUAGCAUAGACAGUUCAUCCUCCCUGGAGUCUUUGUCCUCCUCCCAGUCAGCCUCCCAGCCACACUCUUUACCCCUUUCCUUAGGUUGCUACCCACCUCAACCCUCGAUUUUGCCCCCCAUGUGCCCUGACAGCCUUUCCUGCGAUGCCAUCUCAGUGUACAGCCUCAGCUCCCUUGCCUCAUCUCUCAGUUUCCUGUCUAGACCUGAGCCUGCAGGAAGUGACAUCAUCAGCCAGCGCUCACAUCAACAGCCAGAGAAGCCUUGUCAAGGCGCGGGCCUCUACACCCAUUCAGGUGGUGUAUCAAGAGGUCAAUUGACCAGUAAUGGAGGAGUAUUAUCGGGAGAAGGAGAGGACGAGGAGUAUGCGGGGUACUCCAUUAUAAGCAGUGAGCCGUUAGGUCGAGGAGGAAGCGAGUGUGACACUCUGCCUCUACCUGCAGGACAUAGAUUUGGCAGAGUUGGUGCUGGGAGAGCAUCUGCCGGGCGGCAUGGGUAUCCUCUAACAGUUUCCUCAAAGGGAAGCAUCAGCACACCUACAUCUCCAAUAAAAGCUCCAACGCUGCCACUAACAGUUAAGAAUAACCCCAAAGUCAAGAAGGAAAUCUCAACUCCUCAGCGGAAAGGAAAAGUCAGCAGCUCUGAGUCAGACCAGUCGAGCACUGAGACAGAUAGCACAGUGAAAUCCCAAGAGGAAAGGACAGGACCUGCAGGACAACUGGAUCCCCAGGAGCUGGCCCAGAAGAUCCUGGAGGAGACUGAGAGCCACAUGCAAGCUGUGGAGAGCCUGCAGAAGGCAAACCUUAGAGGAAAGACACUGAAGGGAGCUGAGGGCAGAGAUGAGUCUCUCAGCAGACAGAAAUCUGUGUCCACUCCAACAACCCCAACUUUGACUCCUACAAAUGGAGCCCAAGGGUUUCAGCCCUCUGAGACCAGUGCAUUUAGCCGACCAACAAGUAGGGCAAGUCUAAAGUCUCCUCUCUCACUCUCUAGUCAUCUUUCACCGCUCUCUACCUCUGUCCCAAUCCCUCCUCCAACUCGGCCUAAACCACCAUCCCGCUCCUCAUCACUGCAGAAAAUCAGCUCAGUCUACAGCAGCCAAGCUCAUUCAUCCCCUUCGUUAUCUCUCUCAGUAAAAGAUCAGGGUUCACCUCUCCCUACAGUCUCCCCAGAUGUGCACAUACAGGCUCAGCUCAAACUGAAAUACCCCAGCUCGCCUUACACUGCCCACAUCUCACCUUCACGCUCUCCUGCUGACAGUGCUCCAUCCCCAGCCCUUUCCUAUUCCUCCGCAGGAUCCGUUUCAGCCUCUUCUAGCCCAGCAAUCACCCCUAAGCUGCACCAAUCCAAACAGGAUAGCAAAAUCCAGGCAAUCCACAAUUUAAAAACCUACUGGACCAACGCCAGCCAGAAACCCAACAUGCCAUGUCCGGCCAGCUUACUCCGAGGUGAGAAUAAAAAAAUGAGUACAGUUCAGAAAGAUGUUUUGGGUUUGCUGAAUCUCUCACCUAGACAUGAGUCUAUCAGGAAAAAUGUAGCGGAACCUGAAGACCACAACACUGAUGACAGACCAAAUGUUCACCCAAAACUGGAGGCUAAACCACCUCCAUCUCCAUCUGGCCUUCUCACACAUUCUAAAGGAGGUGUCAGACUUCCCUCUGGGAAUGGCUACAAGUUUCUCUCACCUGGACACUUUUUUCCAUCUUCUAAAUGUUGAGAAUUUGAAUAUUUAAAGUCCUGAACACAGAUUUAGGAGAUCAAUCUUCUGGUUAAUAUCUGUGCUUGUACAAUGAUAAAAUCUGCCCAUUUUCAGUGGAAAUACAACUACAUUUUUAGCAAUCCCUGCUGAGUUGCAGGAAUGAAAAAGUACUCAUUUCAUACUGAUGAUGAUUUUACAUGUUACUUUUUUGUGAAGGUAUGUAAAUGUUUUUGAAUGUGAUGACUGUGCCUUCUUCUGGAGAGAAAUGGAAGGGCAUAAUAAUUAAGAGAAGUGUUUAAUCUCUAGCUUUAAUUUUGUUUUUAUGACUGACUAGAGGGCAUGUGUCUCAAUGCCUCCAUGUACACUGAACAGAAAUGCUUUUAACCUGCAGUCUGCUUACUGAAUGAACAUUUUACAUCAGCCUAAAUGCUUGCUUUCUUUGUACUGGCCUGGAUUCAAUCUUGAGUUAUUGUUUAAUAAUUAUUGUUUAAUGUCAUUACUGUUGGUUACUGAUGUCAUUUAUUUUGAGUGUUUUCUAAUUAUUAUUAAUAUAAUCGUCACACAAUUUAUAAAUACAAUUAAAACAAUGAAGAAGUAAAGACAACUUUUUGAUAUUUUAUGGUAGUUUGGUUUCAUGUGUGAUUGCCAGCAUGGUGCCCAAGUAUUUAACUGAUUUUAUAACAUGCAGUUUUGCUCCUUUCUUUGUCUUGCUUGGAUCACAUACAGCAAUGUUCUAUAAUGAAAAAAAUCUUCACAUAUUCUUUUUACUUAUAAUAAAAGCAAAAUAGUAAAUCUAGUUAAAAAAAAUGGGGUAAAGGGAAGAAUUGUGAAUGUAAUUCUUAACGUAUUAUAAGGAUAUACUGGAUAUUUAUGAAACCAUUUGUAGAUACAGAUAUUAAAAGUAUUUAAAGAGUACAAGCUAACCAGGUGCAAUACCGGUACUUGAAUUAGUAAUAAAAAAAAUUUAUAUUUUCUAAACCACAUUAUUGCAUAUUAGACACUU